AUGAGCGGCCUCGCCCAGCAUAUUUUCCGUAGAACUGCUCACUGUAAAGUGACUUACUGGCGCUAUUCAACCGCUGUCCGGCAAUCUCAAGGGCUACAAACACGGAUACAAGAAAGACGAAUUAACCAUCGGUUUUUCCAAAACCUAGCUCCUGAGGAUCGUCCAAAACCUCCGAGGAAUGGCCCGGCCUCCACGUCAACUGCUGAUACAUUGAAUCCUCUAGAACAACCUCAGAUCACUGCUGCACAGGAGCGCAGAAGCAAUUGGAGGAUAAUCAAAAAUCUCAUGGUGAAUGUAUGGCCCAAAAAUGACUGGAAGACGCGUGGAACGGUUAUUCUUGGUUUUGCUUUUCUUAUAUCUGGAAAGGUUCUUAACGUGCAAGUCCCCUUACUCUUUAAGCAAAUUAUCGACUCUUUAAACCUCCCGUUGGAUCCAUCAUCAAGUACGACCGUGUGGACGAUUGCUGGGGCCACGGUUCUAGGGUAUGGUGCAGCACGAAUUGGGGCAUCAGUCUUUAGUGAACUACUUAAUGCUGUCUUUGCUAACAUCGGGCAACGUGCUAUCCGCAAAGUCGCUCGAGAAACCUUCGAACAGCUGUUGAAUAUGGACAUGAAAUUUCAUUUGGCGCGGCAAACUGGUGGACUGACGCGUGCCAUAGACCGUGGUACCAAAGGCAUCACGUUCCUCCUUCAGGCUAUUCUCUUUAGAAUAGUUCCAACUGCCUUGGAGAUAUCUAUGGUAUGUGGCAUUUUGACGUACAAGUUCGGCUGGGACUUUGCUGCUAUCACUGCUGGGACGCUUGCCGCAUACGCUUGGUUCACUAUUCGGACUACUUCGUGGCGGACCCAGUUCCGACGUGAUGCGAAUAAAGCCGACCAACGCGCAGCGAGCUCGUCUGUUGAUUCGUUGAUCAAUUUUGAGGCAGUCAAGCACUUCAACAAUGAAAAAUACGAAGUUGCGCAAUACGACAAGCACUUGCGAGAUUAUGAAAAAUCCUCGGUGAAGAUCACGACAUCGCUGGCGUUUCUCAACACUGGGCAGAACGUCAUAUUUUCUAGCGCGCUGACCAUGACGAUGUUGAUGGCCGCUCAAGGCGUCGUGAACGGUACAAUGACUGUCGGGGAUCUAGUGAUGAUCAACCAAUUGAUCUUCCAGCUUUCUCUUCCUCUCAACUUUUUGGGAACCAUCUAUCGCGAACUCCAACAAAACCUCCUUGAUAUGGAAGUUUUGUUUAACUUGCGCGAGAAUAAUCCGCCUAUUGAAGACAAGCCUGGUGCUCAACCUCUGGCCCUUCCUGUCGACGCCGGCAAAUCUAUACGUUUCGAAAAUGUCCAAUUUGCCUACCAUCCAAGCCGUCCCAUCUUCACCGAUCUCUCCUUUACCAUUCCGGCAGGAAAACGCGUUGCCUUCGUCGGUCCCUCCGGAUGUGGCAAAUCCACCAUUCUCCGUCUACUGUUCCGGUUUUACGAACCUUCCUCUGGUCGUAUACUCAUCGGCGACCAAGAUAUCUCCCAAGUCCAGCUCGGGAGUCUCCGUAAAUCCAUUGGCAUAGUGCCGCAGGAUACGCCGUUAUUUCACGCUGAUGUGAUGCACAAUGUACGAUAUGGAAAUUUGGACAAGGAUGAAUUCGAUGCGAUCGAAGCGGCAAAGCAGGCGCAUGUGCAUGAGGCGAUUAUGAGGUUGCCGGACGGGUAUAGGACGAAGGUAGGAGAGAGGGGGCUAAUGAUUAGUGGUGGAGAGAAGCAACGACUGGCAGUGGCGAGGGUGCUGCUCAAGGAUCCUCCUAUAUUGUUCUUCGAUGAAGCAACUUCCGCUUUGGACGCGCAUACCGAAGCAGAGCUCAUGAAGAAUAUCAGCAGCGCCUUGUUACACAAGGCGCGUACGAGUAUAUUCAUUGCUCACCGUCUUCGAACUGUGAUCGAAGCAGAUCUUAUCGUGGUACUACAAGAGGGACGUGUUGCAGAACAAGGGACACAUGAAGAGUUGUUAAAGAGGGGGGGAUUAUAUCAUAGAAUGUGGCAACAGCAGCAGGCGGCAGCUGAAUUGCUUCAAGAAGAGGAGCCUGUUAAUUGA